UUAUCUGUAAUUAAUUAUUUGCUCUAUUUGACAGAAAAAAAAAACAGAUACGAUUUGUUUUCCUUAAUCCACGAAAAUUUACAGUCAAAUAAAGGCAUCUGUGAGUUGUAUGUGUGUGUGUAUAUAUAUAUAUAAUAUAUUUGGGUUCCAUAAAAAAAAAGGGGGCUUGAGGGGUGAGAUCGAUGACAUGUUAAACAUCGUGCCGUCUUUGCUUUGUCUUUUUUCCUUCAUUGCCGGAAACGGCGGCGUUUGUGGCAACGAGAAGACAGACGGCGCGGCGACCACGACCGGAUUCGUGGGGAGAAACGGCACGCAUUUCGUGGUGAGGGGAGAGCGAAUGUACCUGAAUGGGUUCAACGCCUAUUGGAUGAUGAACGCGGCGGCGGAUACGGCGUCGAGGACCACAGUCACGGCGGCUCUCCGUCAAGCCUCCGCCGUCGGCAUGAACGUCGCCAGGACCUGGGGUUUCCACGAAGGUGGCUACGAGCCUCUUCAGAUCUCACCUGGUUCUUACAAUGAACACGUCUUCCAGGGAUUGGACUUUGUGGUGUAUGAGGCUGGGAAAUAUAAUAUCAAAUUGAUAAUAAGCUUAGCGAAUAAUUACGAUGAUUUCGGAGGAAGAUCAAAGUACGUGGAAUGGGCGAGCCUUGAAGAUCCCGAUGAGUUCUAUACUGAUCCCCUCGUCAUGCAAUUCUACAAGAGCCAUGUCAAGACCAUGUUGACGAGGAAAAACACGAUAACCGGUGUGAUGUACAAAGACGACCCCACCAUCUUUGCAUGGGAGCUCAUCAAUGAACCUCGCUGCAACGAUCCUUCAGGCUCCACUCUUCAGAAGUGGGUGAAGGAAAUGGCUGCGUAUGUGAAGUCCAUAGACUCGAACCACUUGCUUGAAGUAGGGCUUGAAGGGUUCUAUGGAAAAUCAAGACCCGAGAGGAUGAUUUACAAUCCAAACACAGGCAUCACCGGCUCCGAUUUCCUCUCCAACAACCUCAUCCCCGACAUCGAUUUCGCCACUAUCCAUAUCUACCCUGAUUCUUGGUUGCCACAGCAAACUGACCAGAUAGGCUUCGUGGACAAAUGGGUCAGAGCGCACAUACAUGACUGCGACACUCUCCUCAAGAAGCCAUUGGUGAUAGCAGAGUUUGGGAAAUCGUCCAUGGCUUCGGGUUUCAGUCUGGACAAAAGGAACAUGUUCUUCCGGAGGAUUUACAGAAUGAUCUACGAGAGCGCAAGGGCCGGAAGCUCGGGUGCUGGCGGGAUAUUCUGGCAACUCAGCACGAGGGGAACCGGUAAGCUUGGAGAUGGGUACGAGGUUUUUCUCGAAGAGGGUAGUUCCACUGCUCGAGUUAUAGCCGACCAAUCUACAAAGCUUAGUAGUCUUAUGUUCCGGACAACAUUAAAUUCAUUGUAGGAUCGUCAAAAGAUAGAUGUAUGAACUCGGAGACAUGUAUAUAUAUAUAUGAUAGAUGUAAAGAAUGAUUAUUGAUUGGUUUUAUU